AUGACUGAUGUGUUGAUGGGCACACCCCAGGGAGAUACCUCAGGGCCUCUCUACAAGAAGGCCAGCCCCUCACAGUGGGUUGGCAUGACCAACAUGGGGAAUUUUAAAGGUCUGUGUAAGCAAAUCGAUCACUUCCCUGAGGAUGCAGAUUAUGAAGCCGACACAGCAGAGUAUUUCCUCCGGGCUGUGAGAGCCUCCAGUAUCUUCCCCAUCCUGAGUGUGAUUCUGCUUUUCAUGGGGGGUCUCUGCAUCGCAGCCAGCGAGUUCUACAAAACCCGUCAUAACAUCAUCCUGAGUGCUGGCAUCUUCUUCGUGUCUGCAGGUCUGAGUAAUAUAAUUGGCAUCAUUGUGUACAUAUCAGCCAACGCUGGAGACCCUUCCAAGAGUGACUCCAAGAAAAAUAGCUACUCUUAUGGCUGGUCCUUUUACUUUGGGGCCCUGUCCUUCAUCAUUGCCGAGAUGGUGGGAGUGUUGGCUGUCCACAUGUUUAUUGACCGGCACAAACAGCUUCGAGCCAAUGCCCGUGCCACGGACUACCUCCAGUCCUCCGCCAUCACCCGCAUCCCCAGCUACCGCUACCGCUACCAGAGACGAAGUCGCUCAAGCUCCCGCUCCACCGAGCCUUCCCACUCCAGGGAUGCUUCUCCCGUGGGCAUCAAAGGGUUCAACACCCUGCCUUCCACAGAGAUCUCGAUGUACACCCUAACUAGGGACCCCCUGAAGGCCGCCACCACCCCCACCGCCACGUACAACUCCGACAGGGAUAAUAGCUUCCUCCAAGUUCACAACUGUAUCCAGAAAGAGAACAAGGACUCUAUCCACACCAACACAGCCAACCGCCGUACCACCCCUGUAUGA